AGACAAUCCAUUGUAUUACUCAUUGAGACGUUUGAUAUUGGUACAAUACAGAAAGCGAUUUGCUCGUCUUUUAAUCUUACAAGCUAUUAUCCCCUGAUGAAGGCCUGUAGAUAGGCUGAAACACGUUACAGGCUGAAACACGUUGGGUUUUAUAAAAAAAUAAAAGUUCCCACUUUCCAGCAUCUUGGUCUUUGACCUUCUCUUUUUGAUUGUCCAUAUACCAAUAGACAUCACACAGCCUUCAAAUCAGCUAUACUGAUCCAAAGGUGGUAUCGGCGCUACAUGGCCCGGCUUGAAAUGCGCCGAAGAUGCACAUGGCGCAUAUUUCAAUCCAUAGAAUAUGCGGGAGAGCAGGAUCAUCUCAGGCUCAACCGUUUCUUUGAUUACCUGAUGACCUACUUUACACCAAGUAGCAGCAAAGAGAGAGAUUUCCUUAACCGCAUAUUGUCAGAACCUGAAAUGACUAAAGAUCCCAAGCUAGAAAAAUCCUCAACCUACGAAUCAGUUGUGGUGCCAGACAGUUAUAUGGGACCUCGUCUUUCCUUCCCACUCUUGCCUGAUCAUGCCACUGUUUUACUGGAAGCAUUCAAACAAGAACAACAUCUUCAUGCCCACUAUGUCCUCAGACUCUUGCACGAGACUCAAAAAUAUCUCACCCAGCUCCCAAAUAUAACAAGCAUCUCAACCUGCUGCAGCAAGGAGAUCACUGUGUGUGGAGAUUUGCACGGGCAGUUGAAUGACUUGUUCCUCAUAUUUUACAAGAAUGGCCUUCCCUCUCCACAGAAGCCUUAUGUCUUCAACGGUGACUUUGUGGACAGAGGCAAGUGGUCCAUUGAGGUCCUGAUCAUUCUCUUUGCCUUCCUCUUGAUUUACCCAAAGGAGGUCCACCUGAACCGAGGAAACCAUGAGGACUAUAUGAUCAACUUACGCUACGGUUUCACCAAGGAGGUUAUUCGCAAAUAUAAGGAGCAUGGUGAUAAAAUUCUGAAAGUGCUUCAGACUGUUUUUAGCUGUCUUCCACUGGCCACCCUGAUUGAUCAGAAGGUCUUGAUUGUACACGGAGGAAUAUCGAACACUACUGAUUUGGAUCGGCUAGCCAGGAUUGAUAGGCGUAAGAUUCUCUCUCCAUUAACCCAGAAGAGAAAAAAUUCAAAAGUUGAACUGUAUGGAUCCAAAUUUGGCAGAAGCAGUCUCCUAAGAGGUUCUGAUUCUUCAAACAAGACAGCACUCUCACAGCAGCUGCAGGAUUCAAUCCAAGCAGAGCAGGAGAUGUGCCGCAGGCUGGCGGGAAAUAACCCGUCCCUAGUGUCUUCUGCCACCACGGCGGAGGUGGGCGUGAGAUCCUGUGAAUCAGUACACUUUGAAGAGGAUGACAUUCAGCAGGUUAUAGAUAUUUUAUGGAGCGAUCCCAUCCCUCAAAAUGGCUGUCAAAUGAAUCAAGAGCGAGGAGGAGGCUGUUAUUUUGGCCCUGACGUAACAAAGGAGAUUCUGCAGAAGCAUGGCCUCCAGUUCAUCAUCCGUUCCCAUGAGUGUAAGCCAGAUGGUUAUGAGGUCUGCCACGACCGAAAGGUAAUCACUGUAUUUUCAGCUUCAAACUAUUAUACGGAAGGCAGUAACAGGGGUGCCUAUCUGAAACUGGGGCCUGACCUGAAUCCUCAUAUCAUCCAAUAUCAAGCCAACAAGGCAGCGCGUAAGCUGACAAUGACCCAAAGGAUCAGCCUGGUCGAGGAGUCAGCAUACCUUGUUUUAAAGGAGAAGGUGUUUGCUCACAGGUCACAGCUAAUUGCUGCUUUCAAGGGCUUUGAUAAGACGAACACAGGCAUGAUCACACUGGAUGACUGGGCAAAAGCUCUAGAGUCUGUCCUCCAGCUUGGGCUGCCCUGGCGGAUGCUGAGAGCACAGCUGGUGUCCCAUCUUAUCAGCAGGAAGCUGGAUUACAAAUUGUGGCUCAAACAGAUUGUGACAGAGCAGUGGUCAUCAACUGAAGAGCGCCUACAGUCAAGUUUGCUGGAAAACAUUUACCGAAACCUAUCCAAUCUGGAGACUGUUUUCAGUAUCAUAGACAGUGAUCACUCAGGGUUAAUUUCUCAUGAAGAGUUCCACCAUACCUUCAGAUUGUUCAGUUCCCAUAUGAAUAUUGAUAUCUCAGACGAAAACAUAGAGGACUUGGCCUGCAGCAUCGAUUUCAACAAAGAUGGGAACAUAGACUUCAAUGAGUUCCUUGAGGCCUUCCGCCUUGUCAGGAAGCCUUCCCUGUGAAAAUGUUGGCUGGAACCCUACUGUCUUGAAUA